UCGGGCAGUCAGUGAGCUGUUGACAGAAACCGAGUGCUGUCUCCAUCAGAGGACCUUACUGGAUUUAUAUAUUUUAUAUUUUAUUCGUCUCUCGCUUCCACACAGACUCACACUUGUUGAACAUGGGCUUCUUCCUGAGCAAGAUGUUGGCUGUUUUCGGUGACAGAGAGCACAAAGUCGUCAUUGUGGGUUUGGACAACGCUGGGAAGACAACAGUCCUCUACCAAUUCCUGACGAAAGAAGCCGUCCACACAUCACCCACGAUUGGCAGCAACGUUGAGGAAAUUACAGUACGAAAAACACACUUCCUGGUUUGGGAUAUCGGGGGCCAGGAGAGUCUUCGAGCCAGCUGGUACUCAUACUACAGUAACACAGAGAUCGUCAUUUUGGUUGUGGACAGCACUGACCGGGAACGUCUCACUGUAACUAAAGAAGAACUGCACCAAAUGCUGGCACAUGAGGACUUGCAAAACGCUUCCAUUCUCAUUCUGGCUAACAAACAAGACAUUAAGGGCUCCAUGACAGCGGCAGAGAUCUCCCAGUGCCUCACACUUGACACCAUCACCACACACCCCUGGCAUGUCCAAGCCUGCUGCGCCCUGACAGGAGAAGGUCUUCCUGCCAGUCUGGAUUGGAUGAAGUCACAGGUUGUCGCAAACUGAAAAGCCUUCCAGUGGAUUAUACUUCCUUAAACUGUUCCCAACCUCUUCGGCCCCCACAGAGGCCAUAAUGGCAUCUGUAACAGAGGCCGCCUCGCCACACCUACAGUAUGUCUUACUCUGUGUGUGAGAGUCUGCACGGAGCUGUCCCACAUCUGGCCCGAGCCUCAGGGUGACUUUAAGGUUGGGAACAUAACCCACCUAAAUACCAGUAAAAUGGGACUCCGGGCGUUGACUUUUGUACUCUUCAAAAAUGGUUCAUUGGUUUGAUUAUAUUGUAAUAAUCUGGUUAACUUGUGAAGACGUGCACAGUAAGGAAGUCUAUCAUUUGCAUUUACUGUAAGAUUCCUUACGUUGCACACGUGUGGAGGUACACUAUGUGAAAGAUCCUAUCUAACUAGUUAUGUCACAUUCCUUUCAUUAGGAUUCCCUCAUUUACAUUACUGAGUGGGGACAAUGCCUUAACUUGAAUGAAAUUGAUUGAUGACAUUGAUUAAUUGCCAGAACUGAACAAGGGGUGCUAAAGAUAUUACAAAAUGUUCUUGAAUUACUGUAACAAUAAGGUAUUUAAGCAAAUAUGUGUGAGGUAAAGCAUAAGCACAUGAAGGGUAAAGUUUUAUUUGUCCUCACAUCACAGUCAUUAUUUCCCUUAUCCAACACAGUGAACAUUCAAUCAUGAUAUCAUUUUGACCUUUGACUGGUCACUCCUGUCACUGAUUACUUUAUUUCUCAGUAUGCCUGAACUAAAUGUGCAUGCGGUGCAACCAAACUAUGAACCUCACUAGUUUACAAAGCUUUUCAAUGACAAAGUGAGUUUAGUAGCUGCCUAGUGUUAAGCCACAAAGACUUUUAUAGUAAAAAGGAAAUGUAAGCCCAUACUGUAGUUCCUGUGGCCUCCUUUACUCAGAAACUCUGCUGUGGUGGGAUACACCCGCACCUCAUGUAUAAAAUUAUAUUUUCUGCCAGUGAACAACAACAACAUUUUGUUAGACCUAAAGAUGUUUAAUAAUGUUUUUUUGUUGUUUUUUUUGUCUUAAUCUGUAUAUUACAGCAAUUUCCUGAAAGGGAAACUGAGCCAGCUGCUAAAGACUGUAUGUUGUAUUUAAAAAGUGUGUAUUGAAUGAGGUAACUUUUUUUUAAUGAAUAAAUAUUAUUAUUGC